UCAAGUUCAAAACAACUCUCUCACGUAUCCAUCUCCAGUUCUCCACCUUCCCUUCCUCCUCUUUCCUCGUCUCCCGGGGCCCCUUCCCUUCCCUUCCCUCCCGGCCGCCCGCCUCCGCCUGACUGCCUGCGCCUCCGCGAUCGCAAUUCGCGUCCGCCCGCGCGGCCCCAACCCCUCCCUCCCCCCAUGGCGUGGCGAUCCGCCCCUCUCCUGCGCCGCCUCGUCUCCUCCUCCCCGCCCUCGCCCCUCCCGGGACACGGCGGCGGCGCGCGCCGCACGGUGACCUACAUGCCGCGGCCCGGGGACGGCACCCCGCGCGCCGUCACUCUCAUCCCGGGCGACAGCAUCGGGCCCCUCGUCACUGGCGCCGUGCGGCAGGUUAUGGAGGCGAUGCACGCCCCCGUCUACUUCGAGACCUACGACGUCCACGGCGACAUGCCCACCGUGCCGCCUGCCGUCAUUGAGUCCAUCCGCCGCAACAAGGUCUGUCUCAAGGGCGGGCUCGCCACCCCCGUCGGCGGCGGGGUCUCAUCCCUCAACAUGCAGCUGCGCAAGGAGCUCGACCUCUACGCCUCGCUCGUCAACUGCUCCAACCUCCCCGGCCUACCCACCAGGCAUCAGGACGUCGACAUCGUCGUCAUCAGGGAGAACACCGAGGGCGAGUACUCGGGGCUCGAGCACGAGGUCGUGCCCGGGGUCGUCGAGAGCCUCAAGGUGAUCACAAAGUUUUGCUCUGAGAGGAUAGCCAAAUAUGCAUUCGAGUAUGCUUAUCUUAACAACCGAAAGAAAGUCACGGCAGUGCAUAAAGCAAACAUCAUGAAGCUUGCUGAUGGUUUGUUCUUGGAGUCUUGCCGUGAGGUUGCUUCAAAAUAUCCUGGUAUUCAAUACAAUGAAAUCAUUGUCGACAACUGCUGUAUGCAACUUGUUGCAAAGCCUGAACAAUUUGAUGUUAUGGUUACACCUAAUCUUUAUGGCAAUUUGGUGGCUAACACAGCUGCUGGUAUUGCUGGAGGGACAGGUGUCAUGCCUGGAGGUAAUGUGGGUCAGGACCAUGCCGUCUUCGAGCAAGGUGCUUCUGCGGGAAAUGUCGGAAAUGAGAAUAUUGUAGAGCAGAAGAAAGCAAACCCUGUCGCACUGCUUUUAUCAUCUGCCAUGAUGUUGAGGCAUUUGCAGUUUCCAUCAUUUGCUGACCGUCUGGAAACGGCGGUGAAGCGUGUUGUUGCAGACGGCAAAUACAGAACAAAGGAUCUGGGUGGCACCAGCACCACCCAGGAAGUUACUGAUGCGGUGAUUGUCAAUCUGGAUUAGAGUUCAGGUUUUUUGCCUGAAAAAUUAAUUCUUCUGGGGGACUAGUUAACUAGUCUUGACUCCUGAGUAUUAUUUGUUUCACAUAGAUUUAGAUUUGUUUCACGCUUCCCGGAGGUAUUGCAAGGUAUCAUUUUUUUUUUCAGAUUUUGUCUAGAAAUAAUUGAGGAAGCCACGAAUAUUACUGUUCACACGAUACUUUGUAGCAAGGUAAAGACCUUGAGUUGCAAAGCGAAUCGUUGGCCAUCUUAAAAUAACAUGAAUUGAGAGUUGAUUCUCAGUUUUGUGUUUUGAU